GCGGGCGAAAGUCCUCGGAGGCGCGGCGGGAGGUGCGGAGGCACUGACGCUGCUGCAGGAGCCCCGGCCCGCGCCGAUUCAGCGCCCGCUGCCGUCGGCCGCCCCCCAAGAUCCCCCCAACACUGAGGAAGACCCCUCCUUCCUCGCCCCCAGUCCUCGCCAGCCCCCGCGGAACGCGCCAUGGCCCCGCGCAAGAAUGCCAAGGGCGGCGGCGGCGGCUUCACCACCACGAGCAGCAGCAGCAGCAGCGGCUCCAGCAGCAGCGGCGGCGGCGGCGGCACGAGCACGAGCAGCAGCAUCGGCAGCUGCAGCACCAGCACCCGGAGAGAGCCAAAGCAUGGACACAGGAAUGGGAGGAAAGGAGGACUUUCGGGAAGCUCAUUUUUCACAUGGUUUAUGGUCAUCGCAUUGCUGGGAGUCUGGACAUCAGUAGCUGUCGUUUGGUUUGAACUUGUUGAUUAUGAGGAAGUGCUAGGAAAACUAGGAGUCUAUGACGCUGAUGGUGAUGGAGAUUUUGACGUGGAUGAUGCCAAAGCUUUAUUAGGACUUAAAGAAAGAUCUGCUAAAGAAAGAUUUGCUUCAGAGCGGAGGAUCCCAUCAGAGGAUAUGGAGCUGCAGGAUGAGCUGGAGGAGCCCCAGGAUAUGCUGGUGGAGCCGGGUCCCCUGGGGGCAGAAUCCCAGUAUAUUGAAGAUGAAGUAAAUGAACCAAUUCAGUCUGUUCUUCAUGAAGUGGUACACACAGAACAUGAAGACCUGCAGCCAGAAGAGCCUGGACCACCAGGAGAACCCCAACCAGAGGAUGACAGCUUCCUGGUGGCUGGUGACAGCGAGGAUCAAUUUGAGACCCCAGAACAUGAAGCAGUUCCUGAAGAAACUGAGUGUAGUUACUGUGAGGAAGAGACAGUUUCACAGGACCCUAACCAGGGUAUGGAAGAUAUGGUGUAUGAUCAGGAAUAUCUAGAUUCCAGGGAACCAGUAGGAAAUGAGGAAGUACCUCACUAUGAUCAAGAUGAUGUAAUAUACCAAGACUACGAUGACCAAGUAUAUCAACAUUCAGAAAAUGAAAGGAUUGGAAUUUCAGAUGAUGUUAUAGAAGAUUCAAACGUGUUUUCAGAAGAUGUAUAUGUUCCCCCUGAAGAAGAUGAGCAAGAAGUGCCACCAGAAACAAGUAGAAAAACAGAUGAUCCACAACCAAAAGAAACAGUUAAGAAAAAGAAGCCUAAACUUUUAAAUAAAUUUGAUAAGACUAUUAAAGCUGAACUCAACGCAGCAGAGAAACUCCGCAAAAGGGGAAAAAUUGAGGAAGCAAUGAAAGCAUUUGAAGAACUGGUACGCAAAUAUCCUCAGAGUCCACGAGCCCGAUACGGGAAGGCACAGUGUGAAGAUGAUUUGGCUGAGAAAAGGAGAAGCAAUGAGGUGCUUCGUGGGGCCAUUGAAACCUAUCAAGAGGUGGCCAACCUGCCCAAUGUCCCCACAGACCUCCUGAAGCUGACUUUGAAGCGGCGAUCAGAGAGACAGCAGUUUCUUGGUCACAUGAGAGGUUCCCUGCUCACCCUGCAGAGGUUAGUUCAGCUAUUUCCCAAUGACACUUCCUUGAAGAAUGACCUUGGAGUGGGAUACCUCUUGAUAGGAGAUAAUGACAAUGCCAAAAAGGUUUAUGAAGAGGUUUUAAGCGUGACACCUAAUGACGGCUUUGCAAAAGUGCAUUAUGGCUUUAUCCUGAAGACGCAGAACAAGAUUGCCGAGAGCAUUCCCUAUUUGAAGGAAGGAAUUGAAUCUGGGGAUCCUGGCACUGAUGAUGGGCGGUUUUAUUUCCACCUGGGAGAUGCCAUGCAGCGGGUGGGGAACAAAGAGGCUUACAAGUGGUAUGAGCUUGGGCACAAGAGAGGACACUUUGCAUCUGUUUGGCAGCGCUCACUCUACAAUGUGAAUGGGCUGAAAGCUCAGCCCUGGUGGACCCCCAGAGAAACAGGCUACACCGAAUUAGUAAAGACUUUAGAAAGAAACUGGAAGUUGAUUCGUGAUGAGGGUCUGGCAGUGAUGGACAAAGCCCAAGGCCUCUUCCUGCCUGAGGAUGAAAACCUGAGAGAGAAGGGCGACUGGAGCCAGUUUACGCUGUGGCAGCAAGGAAGAAAAAACGAGAAUGCUUGCAAAGGAGCUCCUAAAACCUGCACUUUACUAGAGAAGUUUCCUGAGACCACAGGAUGCAGAAGAGGACAGAUCAAAUAUUCCAUCAUGCACCCUGGAACUCACGUGUGGCCGCACACGGGGCCCACAAACUGCAGGCUCCGAAUGCACCUGGGCUUGGUGAUUCCCAAGGAAGGCUGCAAGAUCCGAUGUGCCAACGAGACCAAGACCUGGGAGGAAGGCAAGGUGUUCAUCUUUGACGACUCCUUUGAGCACGAAGUGUGGCAGGAUGCCUCAUCUUUUCGGCUGAUUUUCAUCGUGGAUGUGUGGCACCCAGAGCUCACCCCCCAUCAGAGACGCAGCCUUCCCGCAAUUUAGCAGGAAUUCAUGCAGGCUUGGGACCCUCUCCAGAGAGGUUGUCUUUUUGGCUGUGUCUCCUUGGAUGUGAAGAAAGAAGUGUAAACACCAAGGCUUUUCAUUCCCUGGACAAUUUUAUGCCUCCUCCUAGGGUUUGAAGACACAAAAGAGAGUAUUUGCCUCAUUGCAGUUCAUUUAGGAAACACCUGUGUGACAACAUGGAUCUUCUGCCUAUAUCUAAGGUGAACACUUAACAGCCUCUACCUUGCCAGCCAAAGAUAUUCUUUCCAUGUAGAAUAAAAGGUCUAAAUCAACAUACAAUGAGAACAUAUGUAGAAACUGUGAAUAUAUUGCUUUAGUCUGGAAUUUUUCUAUGUAGUUAUAUUUUUCUAGGAUAGUCAAACUGUUUUGUCAUCACAUACCACUACUUUUUGUUGAUUUCAAUGACAAGCUGUGUAAAUGCUUUAUCUCUAGCUGUUUAAUGAUAACUUCCUUGGCAAACUGAGAUUUCCCUCUUUUAAUUCUUUUAGUAAAAGACAUUCUUGAAUAAAGCAAUUUUACUUUCCUAAUACAAAAGAGAACACAUAAUUACACCAAUCCAAUGCCUGUGAACUAUGCUGAUCCCUACUUAUUGUCUGCAUUGAGAUCCAGUAUCUUAAUUUUUCCUCAUUAUGCUAAUGGUGGAAAUAUUAUCAAAAUCAUAGUUCUUUCUAAGAGGAAUUUUUUAACAUUGAAAAAGGAUAUGGAAUCAUUUUUACAAAGAUUUAUAAAAAUACUGAAUAGAAAUUUUUUAAUGCCCAGUAUUAGGCCUUGUGUGUGUGAGGGGGUAAAAUGCGUAGAAGAUGUUCUGAGGACUCAGUAGAUAGAUGCUCCUAGGGUGUCAGGCUCCUGCCCUUUUUGCUGUCUGUGAGCAGGACCUAGGAAUCCAGGGCACCUGCCUACUGUCAAUCUAUGUGAGGGCCUUUGGCCGUGGAGAUAACCCCCACAGCUUUGUAAACACAUUAAGGGUGCAGAGUGAAAGUCAUGAAGAAUGCUAGGAUCUUCAUGCUGGGUGAGGAGGUGGAGAUUGCUCUUCUCUCCUAUCUCCCUGGCUUGAGGAACUUCUGCCUUUGAAACAUCACUUCGAAAGAACAAUAAUUAUCCACAUGUACUGUUAAUAUUACCCAUGACCUAAAAAUCACAAUUGAAAAUGGUGUUGCCCACUCAAUCCUGAGCUAAUCCAAUCACUGAUUUAGUAAAGCAGUAAUGUAUUUGAUUUUGUAUUUUUAAAAUAUAAGCUAACUAGACAUGUUUAAGAAUGUAAUGAUAUUCAGGCACUGAAUUCUAAGCCAAUAUGAACAAAAAUGCCAAAAUGGCACAUAGAUCACCUGAUUGCAUUCACAGGUCGAAAAAUACACCUGUGCUUUCUUUUUGUUCCAAUACUAAGGAGGCUUUUUUAUGUCAUUAAAGAAUAUUUCAUGGGGCCAAUGUUGUGGCAUACUGGGUUAAGUCACUGCCUUUGAUGCUAGCAUCCCAUGUGGGCACUGGUUCAAGUUCCAGCUGCUCCACUUCCAAUCCAGAUCUCUGUGAAUGUGCCUGGGAAAGCAGCAGAAGAUGGCCCAAGUACUUGGGCCCCUGCACCCAUGUGGGAGACUGGGAUGAAGCUCCUGGCUUCAACUUGGCCCAGCCCCAGCUGUUGGAACCAUUUGGGAAGUGAACCAGUGGAUAGAAGAUCUCUCUGUCUCUCUCUCUACCUUUAUCUCUAAUUCUGCCUGUCAAAUAAAUAAAUCUGUGGGGAAAAAAUAUUUCUUUGGGGCUGGCCCUGUGGUGUAGCAGUUAAGACUGCUGCCUUUAACAUCAGCAUCUCAUAUGGAUGCCAGUUCAUGUCCUGGCUGCCCCACUUCCUAUGCAGCUGCCUGCUGAUGGCCUGGGAAAGGCAGUGGACACGGCCCAGUGUUUGGGUCUCUGUCACCCAUUUGGGAGACCUAGAUGGAGCUACUGGCUUUGGCCUGGUCCAGCCCUGGCCAUUGUGGGAAUUUGGAGAGUGAACAAGUGGACAGGAGAUCUCUCUCUGCCUCUCUCCACCUAUCUCUCUCUCUCUCUCUCUGUGUGUGUAGCUCUUUCAAAUAGAUAGAUAAAUGUUUUUUAAAAAUUUCUUUAACAUGAAAAUUGACCCCUUUUCCUUGACUUUAUAGAUAUUGGCCUCAGUAGAAAAAUUUAAAAAAUAUUUCUCCUGUUCCUUCUGUUUUGUCAAUGUUCAAAAAUCCUACUAAAACAAAGAGGCACAAGAGGGAAACUAUCAAAUUAAUUACCAAAAUGAAGAAGAGAAAUCAAACUCAUAAAAGAUAAGACAGUAUUUGUGUCCCUCAGAAUUUAUUGGACAGAGGAAAUGACUGACAAAGGGCAAUACAAUCCAGUGCUCAUGGAGUGACAUUUGUGUCACCGUUGAAUUUGGUUCUCGUCAGUAUAUUGCAUACACAUAAAGAAAUACAAACUAGAAAUCAUCAUUGCUGAACCAUCACCUUACAUUCAUUUAAUGAGAUUAUGGGAUAGUAGAAAACCUAGCUCUUAACUUAGUAAAUGUAAUAUGGUAUUUAAAAUCAGGUCACUACAGUAGCAUUGUAAAUAUUUCCAAUUGAAAUGCCAGAGGUAUUAUUACUGUUGCAAAGGGUUGGCAAUAAUUGACUCCAAUCAUAUUUUAACUACCUGGAAUCCACAACUAUUUUAUAAACUCAAGUAAUAAAAGGGAUUUUCUAAUUCACUUUAAUUCUUCUGUGUCUUACCUACAUCUUGGUGUGUAAGAAAAGUGUUUCAGUCAUUGCAUUGGUGGAAUCAUUUCAGUGUUAUUGUUUUGUGAUUUGAAAUGUCUACACAAAAUGAAUUGGUUUUAUUUAUACUGUGAUGCAAGUGGUUGAGAAAUAUUUUUAAUUAUAUUUCAAUUUUAUUUCUUUAAUGGUGGAAUGAAAAAUUAACUUUGUUGUUAUUCUCUACCAGUAGGGAAAAACUGAAACAUUAGAAAGAAAUGUAAUACAACUAUUAAAAUUAUUAUCUAUAAGGGUAAUUGUGGCCAGUUGAAUCACUUCUUUCUUUUGAAUUGUUCAGCUCACAAAUUAACCUUUGCAAAUAUUUAAAAUGUGAAGCCAUAUUUUAUUUUCCAUUAUCAACUAAAAUAUGUUUUAUUUGACAUUGAGCACCAAUUGGUCAUUCUAAUAAAUGCCCAUGUGAUGCAAAUAGCUGGACAAAUAAGCAAUAUCUAAAAAUACACAGCUGGUCUUAGAAAACAUGGCACGCGUAAGGAUAUCUGUUAAUUUUUUAUCUGAUUUCCUUUGAAUGGGUAGUUGGGACCUCCAUUUCUAAGAAGAGUAGCUAAAGAAAUAAAAUGAUCUUUGGCAUUUCAUCUUGCA